AACUGACUUGAGAGCCAUAACUUGGUCCUCCAUUAGUGAGAUGAGAGGGGAGACCACAAGGACCACCUUACCACUGUACACUGCCGGAUACUGAAAACAUGAAAAUGGAUCUACUCGUACUCACAGGACUAGGAUGAUACCUAACGUAAUAAGGAGGGUUGAAUUCCAAUAUUGCAAGCUCCACUUCUUACUCCGAACAAGACCUUUGAGUCACGUAAUGUACAGUGGAUCUACCGGCCUCGUUACCCCAGUAGCAGACCCGUCACUGCUGGACUGCUCAAGAGCUGCUGCUCAAGAUGUGGAUGGUUUUGCUAUAAUUUCUAACUUCGUAUCGAGUGAAGAAGAAGAGCAGUUGAUGGUCGAUAUCCGUCGAACGUUGAGAGGAAGGAAAUACCUGUAUGAUCACUGGGAUGGCGCAAUAGAAGGGUACAGUGAGACAGAAAAGAGCAACUGGAGUGAAAGCAAUACACCAGUGAUACAGAGGCUCAAGGCCGUGGCUGCAGCAGCUGUAACAGACAAAGUGGUUGUGCCUUUGGAGCAGGUGCAUGUGCUGGACCUGGCAGAGGAUGGGCACAUAAAACCUCAUGUGGACAGUGUCAAGUUUUGUGGAGAGGUGAUUUGUGGUAUCAGUCUUCUCUCGGAUAGUGUGAUGCAGCUGCAGCACGAGGAGUACCCUGACAGAUGGAUACACGCACUACUGUCCAGGUUCUCUCUCUACAUAAUGAGGGGUGUGAUUCGAUACAAGUACACUCAUGCCAUUCCGACCAAUGAGAAUUCAGUAUUUAAAGGAGAACGUAUAACCAAACAAAGAAGAGUAUCAGUAAUUAGUAGAACACAACCUGUUCAUAGUUAAUUUAGUAAAUACAUGUUUUAGCACAGUCAUAUUUUGCUGUUCUCUGUAAUUAAAUAUUCUGUAUAAUGUGAUAAUGUGCUAAUUCUCAAACUUUACCAAA